CACAGGGACCAGAGCUCUUUAAAGGGAGACCACUAAAUCUCAGCUGGGCACACAAUCUCUCUGACUGCCACCAAGAGCUGUCGUGGCCACUGCCUCUCCCUGCAGGACCAGCUCCUCACAAAGCCUGUACCAUGUGUAACAGAUUCGUGGGCACCUGGAAACUCAUCUCCAGCGAAAAUUUUGAUGACUAUAUGAAAGAAUUGGGUGUGGGCUUGGCUGCCCGGAAACUAGGUGGCCUGGCAAGGCCUGACAUUAUCAUCAGUAUGAAAGGGGACAUAGUGACCAUCAGAACUGAAAGCACCUUCAAAAAUACAAGCAUUUCCUUCAAACUGGGCCAGCAGUUUGAUGAAACAACAGCAGAUGACCGGAAAGUCAAGAGUGUUGUAACCUUGGAGAAAGGGUCAUUGGUGCAAGUGCAGAAGUGGAAUGGCAAAGAGACCACGAUAAAGAGAAGACUUGUUGAUGGGAAGAUGGUGGUGGAAUGUGCCAUGAAAGGGGUUGUCUGCACUAGAGUUUAUGAAAGAGUGUGAAGAAGUUCCCUCUCUGCACCGGACCAGAACUGGCUCUAAAACCUCGGCUUGGUUCAGUGACCAAAGCCUCAUGCACUGUGCUUCUUCAUUUUAUUUCCUUUUAUUGGGAAAAUGACUAUGCCAUAAUUUGAUAUUUCAGAGCCAUAGUGUAACUAAUCCAAAAUAUUGUGGUGAUCCAAUAAAAUCUUCUCAACACAGAAAAUG